AUGGAGAAGCAAAUAAGACCACUCCUCGAAGCCGCUGUAAAGGACAAGAGAGUCCCAGGAAUCGGUGCUUUCCUCGUCGACUCCCAGGGCAACUUUCUCCUUAAAGAAGCGUGCGGAACCAACAACAUCGACGACCCCGAUGCCACAUCUUUCACCGCGGACACAACGAUCUGGCUAUACUCCUGCAGCAAGAUCUUUACCACCAUCGCCGCCCUCCAAUUGGUGGGGCAGGGAAAGCUAUCCCUCUCCGACCCCGUGGAGAAGUAUGUUCCGCGGAUCUCCAAGAUUCAGGUCCUCGAAGGGUUCAGUCAAAGUGACAGUGUCGCCACGGACCAACCGAUUCUACGUGCUCCAAAGUCAAAACCGACCAUUCUUCAUCUCCUAACCCAUACGGCCGGCUUCUCUUACGACUUCUUCAAUGUUCCAACGCUGCGGUGGCGCCGAUCCACUGGGCGGCCAUCAGGGAAGUACAACGACAGCGGGGCCUGGGAAGAGUUUGAGACGCCCCUCAUGGCAGACCCGGGGACGAAGUAUGUUUACGGCGUCAACACGGACUGGUUGGGGGCGGUGGUGCAACAAAUCACGGGAAUGCCCUUGCCAGAGUAUGUCGACAAAGCUAUCUUGAAGCCUCUCGGCAUGGAGGAGACGAGUUCUCAUCUGAGGGAAGGGAAAGAGAGGCUUGCUAUCCACCUCAAUCUCGAGGGUAAACUGAGCGCUCACCCGGAGAUGGUACCGACUGAGACCCCAGAACUCUGGGGUGGCGGCGCAUUUCUGUAUUCGACGAUGAACGAUCUGGCCAAGUUAUUGUCCACGUUGCUCAAUGCUGGGACCAGUCCCGUGACGGGCCAGUCCAUCCUCAAGCCGGAGACUGUCAAGGAUUAUCUUUUCACCGACCACCUCCCUCCGGACGUUGAUAAGUCGCUUCUCGGCGUGAUCCGCUCCAGCAUACCCGCAGCAUCGCACGACGGCUCGUUUUUUCCGUCCUUGCCGCCCAGCUCUCGUGGCUGGUCGUGCGGACUACUUCUGAACCACGAGGAUCUUCCGCGAGGCCGCAAACGUGGUAGUGGAGGAUGGGCCGGUCUUGCCAAUCUGUAUUACUGGAUUGAUCCAGCGUCAAAUAUCGCGGGAAUGGUGUGCACUGGCAUGCUACCGUUCUUCGACCCUGUUGUUGUGAAGCUGUUCGAUCAGCUGGAGCGUCUGGCAUACGGACAUGAGCUUGCUGGGCCGGCGGAUGAUAGAUUGGGCAACAUAGCCCUGUUUCUGUGA